ACUGCCGCCGGGACUGCGGGAGCCGACCCGUGGCCGGGCUAGACCAGGCGCCCGCGCCCUGGGCUCCCGCCCCCGCCGCGGCGCCGGGGACGAAGCACGGUGUACGUUUGUGGAGCUAUAUAAAUCUCUUAAGAAUAAUUGAGGAGCACAUGUAAAACCUGCCGCGUUGCCCCUCUGGGUCUCCUCCCUCCUGACUGAACCCCAGAGUCAGGAAGCAGCUGUCAGUCAUGGGUGGCUGUGUCUGAUCAUCUUUUGUUUCUCCUGCUAACCUGCCUGCCUGGAAGCCCAUCCCCUGUGGCCUUCACAAAAAAUAAUCAGGUACCCAGAGGCUCCAGCAUUGGUGUCUUCCCUUCUCAAUGGCUUUUCUGGUGUCCGCUUCAGGAGUCUCUUUGGCCAGCCUUGAAAUACGUGGAAAUUAGAGAAUCUACUACAUAUAUUCUUCUUGAAAAUUCCCAUCACACAUGCUCAGAACUUUCUGAAUAAGCAUAAGGAUUUGAAGGGUGCUAACAAGCAGGAAACAAGCGGAAAGGACCGGAGGCGGUGAGAAGAGGCCAUGGAAUACCCACCAACCAGAUAAUCAUCACCUGAUCACGAGAAGUGUCUGAAUGUAGGCUGCAGAAGUCCUGAAGGUUGAUGGAGGGCCAUGCUAUUCAAACAGCAGGCGUGGCUGAGACAGAAGCUCCUGGUGCUGGGAAGCCUUGCGGUUGGGAGUCUGCUGUAUCUAGUCGCCAGAGUUGGGAGCUUGGAUAGGCUACAGCCCAUUUGCCCCAUCGAAGGCCGAUUCGGAGCCCGCGGCCAGGCCGAGUUCCCUCUCCGUGCCCUGCAGUUUAAACGUGGCCUGCUGCACGAGUUCCGGAAAGGCAACGCUUCCAAGGAUCAGGUUCGCCUUCAUGACCUGGUCCAGCAGCUCCCCAAGGCCAUUAUCAUUGGGGUGAGGAAAGGGGGCACCAGGGCCCUGCUUGAGAUGCUGAACCUCCAUCCAGCUGUGGUCAAAGCCUCUCAAGAAAUCCACUUUUUUGACAAUGAUGAGAAUUAUGCCAAAGGCAUUGAGUGGUACAGGAAAAAGAUGCCUUUUUCCUACCCACAGCAAAUCACAAUUGAAAAGAGCCCGGCAUAUUUUAUCACGGAGGAGGUUCCGGAAAGGAUUUACAAGAUGAACUCAUCCAUCAAGUUGUUGAUCAUUGUCAGGGAGCCAACCACAAGAGCUAUUUCUGAUUACACUCAGGUGCUAGAGGGGAAGGAGAGGAAGAAUAAAACUUACUACAAGUUUGAGAAGCUGGCAAUAGAUCCUAAUACCUGCGAAGUGAACACAAAGUACAAGGCAGUAAGAACCAGCAUCUACACCAAACAUCUGGAAAGGUGGUUAAAAUACUUUCCGAUUGAGCAGUUUCACAUUGUCGAUGGAGAUCGCCUCAUCACGGAACCUCUGCCAGAACUUCAGCUCGUGGAGAAGUUCCUAAAUCUUCCCCCUAGGAUAAACGGAUGCAGCAUUGCUGGCUUUGACGACCGACGGCGGGAGCCAUGAGCCAAGGAACGUGGGCAGCCUUUAGAAGCUCCAAAAUGCAAGGAAAUGGAUUUCCCCUCGACCCUCCAGAAGGGAACACCUGUCAACACCUUAAUUUUAGCCCAGUGGAACUUGUGUUGGAUUGCUAAACCUACAGAAAUGUGAGAACAAGUUCGUGUCGUUUUCAACCACAGACUUGCGGUAAUUUGGUACAGCGGCCGUGGAAAACAACUCCAAGAAAUACAGAGAAACAGAGCGCUCGCCAAGUACUGUUGCGUUUAAUCAGCUGAUGCUGAUCAUCUUCACAGGGUGAUGGGGCAGCAGGCAUCGGUCGCAAAGGACCUUUCCAAACAAAGCAAGCGGAAGUCCUGAAGGACAAGGGUAGGUUCCCGGAGGCGAAUGAAGGCAGAGUGACCCUCGAGGAGACGCUUACCUGGUGACAAAAACCAGAGCAAGUCUCAUCUCUUCUGCGACACUUCCACUGAAGCUCAAGGGGUAAAAAACAACAACAACAACAACAACAACAAACAGUUUAAUGGUAACUUGCAGAGAAGUUUAUGACAAGGUAUAGAUGAUGUAACAUUUUUUAAUAUCUUUAACAUUAAGGUUUGUACGCUAAAAAGAGAAAAUAUUUCCAGUCUUUUUACAAGUCCAUAGAAUCUAGCCUUGAUCCAGAAUAUCUGAAGUCUCCAAAGAUCAGAGCCAGGAGAGUUGGUCUUUUUCAAAUUGGUCCCAGGCCAUUUUGAGGUCCAAAUGGACUCCGAAAUUGUUCUGUAAGGAAAACAGAGACCUGAGAUUCUUUCUCCUGGGAUUAAUGAGAUUCAGAGGCACUUAUUGAUCACCUAGGAUGUUCCCAGCUUCUGAAAGAUCUAGCAAACCAUUACUAAAGGUCACUAGAAAAAGCCAGCAUUAGAGGUGUGACGAGAAUGCAACCCUCCAGAAUUCCAGCCCAGGGCUGCUUGUCAAGAAGUCUCUAAAUGGUUCUCUUUAUUAUUUAUGUCUGCCUACUUCCUAAAAGGAUUUGAGGUGGUGAUUUUCUAAUUAAAAUUUGUUUCUAAUCUCUUUCUAAUCUUGUUUUAUUGGCUGCAUUUCAACCCUCUUGUACUUAAUCAACCUUGAAUAGUAACAUGUAUUGAGUCUGUAUAAAAAUAUGAAUUAGCAUUAAAAUUAAAAUGUACACACAUUUAGUACACAUGUAAUAUGUAUGGGCAUAUUUGUAUUUGUAAGCCUGUUGAAAGAAGCUAACGAUAAUGGUUCAUUAUGGGACUAAUCAAAACCAUUCUUUUGUUAGCGAUUACCUAUCAAAUUUGCACAGCUGCCUUUUAAAAAUUCCAUUCCAAAGGUGUCACAGUCUAGCCAAACAAAGUGGAUAUACGUAAAGAAAAGAAAAACUCAAUAAAUUAAUAUUUCACAUCAACUGAUCUGGAAACAAAUACUUUGAUAAAAGAAUACAACUUGCCUAAUUAAAGUGUCGCUACCUCAAAUAUAAGAAGUUUUAAUGGUAGAAAGACAUAGGUCUUGCUAAUUCGAGGCGGGUGCUCACACAGGAAGUAUGAUUCAUGCCACCACUGUGUGCAUGUGCAUGGACACAUGUGUGCAUGGGUGCAAUUCUCAGCGAUUCUGGAACAGUGUCUCAUCCCCAUGUGAUUAUCGCAUUACUUUGGCUUGAUCACCACCCUGAGACUUCCUCCUGAACUGUAUCAAGUUUCUCUGA